AUGAGAGAUCAGCCAGAGAAGAAAAAGCGAGAUCCGAAAUUGUCAACACAGACAUUGAGGAGACAAAGCAAGAGAUCCACGUCGACAACAAGAGAGAUUGUAGAAGAAGAUAGAGGCUCUCUCCACUCAACUUCACUUCCAGACAUCAUAUAUUCACUAUCUCUCUCAUUUACGGAAGCCACCAGCCCCCCCCCCCCACCUUUGUUUGAGAAUCACUGUGGUGAUGAGCACCCUGGUGAUGGCGCUUUAAAAAAGACUCCACUUAGUUUGAACAGUCAUCACCUUAACCAAAGUGGCUGCAAUGGUGAUUCGACUGUUGAGGGCGAGAGAGCAGCGAUAGAUGUUUCAUGUGAGACCCUUGACACUUACAAUAACAAUGGAGAAGAGGAACUAGCUAACGAGGAUGGGCCUUCCGGCAAGAAAAUGUGCAAAGACUAA